UUGCCCCAUUAUAGCCCCAUUCCAAUUAAUAUCAGCGCUCAUGACCCCUGAUCUUUGGUCUCUGAUACCCCCAUUCCAAUUAACACUGGCGUUAAUUACCCCUGAUCUUUGGUCAGUGAUAGCCCUAGUUCCAAUUAACACCAGCGCUAAUUACCGCGCUCUUUGCCCCACGAUAGCCCCCAUUCCAAUUAACACCAGCGCUAAUUACCCCAUCUCUUUGCCCCAUGAUAGCCUCAGUUCCAAUUAAUAUCAGCGCUCAUGACCCCUGAUCUUUGGUCCAUAUUAGCCCCAUUCCAAUUAACACCAGCACUAAUUACCCCAUCUCUUUGCCCCACAAUAGCCCCGUUCCAAUUAACACCAGCACUAAUUACCGCGCUCUUUGCUCCGCAGUCAGCAGCAGAGUACGUCAAGUCGCGGCUGCCCGAAGUGCUGAAGCAGCACCUGCAGGACUACGAGAAGGACAAGGAGAACAGCGUGCUGUCCUACCAGAGCAUCCUGGAGCAGCAGAUCCUGUCCAUCGACAGGGAGAUGCUGGAGAAGCUGACCGUGUCCUACGAUGAGGCAGGCACCACGUGUCUGAUCGCCCUCCUGUCCGACAAGGAGCUGACCGUGGCCAACGUGGGCGACUCCCGCGGCGUCCUCUGCGACAAGGACGGCAACGCCAUCCCCCUGUCCCACGACCACAAACCCUACCAGCUGAAGGAGAGGAAGAGGAUCAAGAGAGCUGGUGGGUUCAUCAGCUUCAACGGCUCGUGGCGCGUGCAGGGCAUCCUGGCCAUGUCGCGCUCGCUGGGCGAUUACCCCCUGAAGAACCUGAACGUGGUGAUCCCCGACCCCGACAUCCUGAGCUUUGACCUGGACAAACUGCAGCCAGAGUUCAUGAUCCUGGCCUCGGACGGGCUGUGGGACGCCUUCAGCAACGAGGAGGCCGUGCGGUUCAUCAAGGAGCGCCUGGACGAGCCGCACUUCGGGGCCAAGAGCAUCGUGCUGCAGUCCUUCUACAGAGGCUGCCCCGACAACAUCACCGUCAUGGUGGUGAAGUUCAGGAAUAGCAGCAAAGCAGAGGAGCAGCAGUGAAGGAGCCCCCGGGCCCGCUCAGGACUCAGAACAUUUUCUCCGCCGUAGGAAGCUCUAGAAACGCCGUCCGGGCUCUCCCAGGAGGAGCGGAUCCCUCUGGGCUCCGUUCCUGGCUUGGCAGAAGGAGCAAUACAACAAAUCCAAGAAUCCGGUUUGUCCCCGUGUCCCUGCCUCCUGUGCCCUCGCUGCUCCUCAGGCCCCCACUGGAACCUGCCAUUUCUCACUUUUCUUUACCAGCCCUGUGUAGGUUUUUGGUUUGAUCGCUCCCCUCCCGCGGGCACAGGGCAGGGGCAGUGCAGUGCUGCUGCUUUUCCCUCCUGGGUGUCACUGCUCAGAAGCUGCUCUCACGUCCCCCGUGACCUGCAGGGAUAAGGGUGGGUAGGAGGAGGGUUUGUGAUGUGAAGGAGGAAGAGGAGCCACCUCUCAGCCUGCUGCCACUGCUGGCUUUCGCUUUGUUUAACCCCUGCCCAAAACAAACCCCUGCCAAGCAUGUCAGUAGGUAGAGCUCCUGAAUUACCACCUUUAUUCAGGCUGUGCAUUACUCUAAACCAGUUCUUCUAGGCCAUAUUGUAUCCAAACCAACUAAUGGUGAACUUCAGCAAAAUCCUGGGAGUUCUGAACCUCCUGGAUGGGAGCAGAGCUCCGCUGGGAUAGCAGAAUGUCUGUCCUUCACCGAGAAUCACCCUGACCUUAUUUCCGUGGCAUGGACUUGGAAAGUGACGUGAGAGAGAACGAAUUUCUUCGCUGGCUGUUGGGAAGCUCAUCCAAGCAGGGAGUUCCUCAGAGCUACCUGGCUGGAAGUCAAAGGCUGUGCAAGACUUCCCUGUACCACUGCAGGUGGAUUUGUGGUGUUCAUCCCGGGGCAGACCCCGCUGGAAGUGGCUUUUGGGAUGACAUGCAAACGCCAGGCAGCAUCAAUGCACUGUAGAGAUGAAAGGUUGUGUUAAAUCUAGAUUUUAAAAGUAUGUUUAGAUCUAACUUUCAGUAUUUAAUUGUAUUUUGGGAUCUGUGACUGCUUUACGUGGGAAUGAGGACAGUCUGGGUUUGCUGCACCUCUGGUACCAGCUGUGUCAUGGCAGAGGGACAGGGCAGGCAGGAUUUUGGAUGGCUCCUUUCUCCUUAUCCUGCCUUACAAAAGUCCUCGGGAUCUGCCCCAGAACGUGGUCCUGGACAAUCUGCUCAAGUCUCCAGGGUGAUGCCUGUGUUUGGGUCUGGGAUGUGGUGGAUGAGCUGUUCCUUGGGAAAGUACAAUAUUCCUCAUUUCCCAGCUGCCUGCCCCCAGUGCUGUCCUGCAGGGCUUUGGGGUGAGGCUGAGCUGGGCAGGGCAGGUGCUGAGGAGGUCAGGAUCUCUCAAGGCAAAAAUCAAAGAGCACAAAUUUCUGCUCGAGAAAGAAUCCCCAUCUUUGUCUUUCCAGCUUUGUCUCCCAAUAAAUUUGCCUCCUUUAAUUGGUUUGGGGAUAAUCUCAGCCCUUAAUUGGCCCUGGUGGCAUUUCCAGUGCUGUGCAAAAUGUGUCUGGACCCCUGUGCUCACCCUGACCUCCAAGGAGAGCCCCUGAGAAGUGUCCAGCAGCCUGCACUGCUCCUUUCCCAGAGGAUGGGAGGUUCCUGACGUUUUUAAUCCCCUGCACAGGGCGCUCCGAGGAUCUGAAUUAUGGGAAUAAUUGCAGAGCGCUGCAGUUGUUCUGCUGUGGAGAGGUAGCCGAGGUCAGAGAGCUGGGAAAUGCAAGCCUUGGGUGAUGAUUCCAUGGGAAUGCUGGAUCCUGGGCUGGGAAUGGCACGGCAGGAGCGGUGGAGCAGCUGCAGGCAGAGCUCAGCAUGUGGAGUUUGCCUUUGCUGUCUCCUUCACUGGAGAUGUUCCCGCUGUGCCUUUCCUUUGGAGGGCACAGCUGCCCUGGGAAAAGGGGAACAAAGGGAAUUCCAGCCAGCAGCUCUAAAGGAGAGGGAUGUUUGUGUCCAGAGACAUCCCCACUAACCCAUCACAGGCACUGGAGAAGCUGGAAUGACGGUCAUUCCCAGAAAAACAGCUCAACAGCACUGGCCAGGGAGCUCCUUGCUGCACGGAGCAUCCCAAGGUCAGUGAGCAUUCCUGAGGGAUCCAUGACCUCUGGAGCACAGCUGGCUGGCUGCCCCUGCAGCCCUGGGACAGCCAGGAGAAGGAGCUGGCAGGAAUUCCCGGCCAGGAGGGAGCACUGGGAGAGCAGCUGCUGCUGGAAGCGAGCCACGCUCCGGGAUGCAGGCAGGCACAGCAGGGCGGUGCCGGUUUGCAGGUUUGCCUGCAUCAUUCCAGGAUCAUUCCCUGGCACUGCAGCCUCUCCAGGCAGCUCCAAAUCAGCCCUGUGGCAACCUCCAAGUGGCUGCAGCUGCAGCAAGCACCGGUCCAGCACCUCCAGUCCUCUGUGCCCCCUCCCUGGCAGCACUGGCCUGGCCAAAGCCAUCCAUGCCAAUGAUCUCUGCUCAGCCCAGGGAUUUUUGCUUUGAUUGCUUUAAAAAAGGAGCUUCAGCUGCUUCAUGUUUGAAGAGGAAGGACUGAUGGAGGUGAGAGGCUUUGUGUGGUCUCCCACAUCCACGUGCAGUGCCUACCUGUGCUCCCAGCUGGAAAGUUUGGAAGUUUUUCCUCCAAAUCAAGGCAUUUCCAACUUCCCGGCCGUGCCAAACUCCGUCGCGAUGCAGCUGGAGGCUGGAGAGAUGAACUCCUUGUACAUCCUGCUUAUGCAACCUGACCAACCCAGGGUUCUCCCACUGCCUUAACGCUCCAUCCUCCAUCUGGGAAGGGUUGCCAGGUGCUGGAGCCAGGAAUAUCCCGCUGGCUGUGGCACAAGGGCUGCGGCCAUCCCGGGAAGUUUGGUGGUUUGAUGAUUCGGGGCCUCGGUGCCCAGCGCUGACCCACGGAGUCUCUGCCAAAAAGCAUCUUCCCCAUGGCCCAGGGAGUCAAAAAUGCCCCUGGAGCCGCUCAGCUGAGCCAGCUCUGGCUGUUCCCAGGGAUAUCCCAGCUCCCAGGUGGCUCCCGUGGGAUAUUCCAGCUCUCUCAGCCUGGAGCACGGAUUGCCACGGAGCUCACCCAUCCCUGGUGCUGAAUUCCUGGCAGGAAUGUGGCUGUCCCAGCCUGUCCCAGGAGCUGGGCACACCUGAUUUGGUGGCACCGUGGCUCCUUCUACCGGCUGAGCCUGCCCUGACAUUCCCACAAAUCCCCUGGAUAAAGGAUUUAAACUCCUGCUGCUGCUGCUGCUGCUGCUGCUGCUGUUGCAGGGUUAAAGCAUUUCUAGAGGUGAAAUGAAAAAUAUUGUGAAGAUCUGGGAAUCCAGAAGGCAGAAUGAAAGUCAGCUUGGCUGCAGAAACACCAAUGCCUAAAAAAAAAGGGAAUUUUGUGUCUCAGGAUACAGGACAGCCCUGCUUUAAGUAAUAUGGAAUUACUGCUAAUGUAGCUGAUACUUGUUUUACACAGAGAAGCAUUUAGUCAGUGAUUAUACUACAAAAAUAAAACACCUCACCAGCUUUUCAUCUCCCAAAGUAGGAUUUUAGGCCUCUGUACAAAAUUCCAAGUGAGAAUGUUCUGCUGGAAUUUGGCAGAGCCCAGAGCUGCUGCCCCUUGUGCCCGAUAUAUUCCUAAAUGGCCUUUCCAAAACUCCCAGAGAAAAAGAUCUGAACAGUUCAUAACGAGCUGAAAUUUCAUGACUUUUAUUUUUCCAGUGCUGACUUGGACAAGGCUUAGGGGAGCAGGUGGAGAAAUAUGGAUUUUCCUGAGGUAACUUAAAAUUCCAGGGAUCAGCUGUGUCCAGCUCUGAAGGAUAAUCUGGGUGCUCUGGAAAACAAAACCCGGUGGGUGCAGCUGGAGCUUUUCCAGAACCACAAACACAGGUUUGAGGGCAAUUCUUGAGGGGAAAAAUGUGUGGAUUUCAUGGAUUUGGGCAGCUCCUGUAUCUGCUCUGCUCAGUCCUAAGGAAGCUGCAAUCAGGUGGUUUUUAAGGUCCCUUCCAACCCAAAUUCUGGGAAUUAUCUGAGCAAUAGGGGACUAAAGCACUUUUUUUCCAAGCAUAUGCCUGCAUUUUUGGAAGCCUGGACACAGGCAGCCUCUCCAUUUUCUGGCCUGCUCUGACACCAAUCAGAGCUCACUAAACGUGAGGUAAAAUUUAGGGAAAUAUCCCAGACAUCCUAUUAUACUGACCACAGGGAAUGCUGCCCCUCCUUCUCCUGUAGGAUUUAUUGGGAAUUUGUUUGUUCCAGGAUGAACAGGAAGCAUUGCAGCAUUUCAACCCCUCAGAAAUAACAUCCAGACUGGGAAUUUCAUCUUGGAAUCCACUUUGCUCCCCACCCAGCGGCAACUUCCAAACACCUUUGCCCAAUUAUUACAAUAAUUAUCAUUAUUAUUGUUAUUAUUACUAUUAUUAGGCUUUUCAGUUCAGGAAACCCCACAGUUUUCCUAUCAAAAUCACAAAUAUUUGGAAUUCAGAUUUAAUACAGCUGCAUGAGGAAAAAAUAACCCCUUAGGAUUUGGAAAACCUUCAGCCUGUUUUACACUUUUAGUACAGUGUUCUAGGCAGAUGCAAUAAAAUGCAACCUCCCCCCCCACUUCAAUUCCCAAAUUAUUUCAUAUUUUUAAGGUUUUUCACCUUUUGCCAGGCUGCUCACACUAAAAACUUCCCUAAGAAUGGCUUUGAGCAGAAACAGGAGCUCAGUUAGGAAUUUUACAGGCUUUUAAGCAAUAAUAAAGUCAGAAUCAAAUACAAGCCAGGUUUGGAAAUGAGGUGUUUUGUUUUUUUUUAGGAAAUCCAGGAGCAGGAUGGGUGUUUUUCCAAUGCUGCUGGCACUGUAAAUGACAAUGAAUUUCAGGUGGCACAAAGAGAUCACUGUGUAUAAACCUAAGCCUUGGAACCUGUGAGCAGUGUCAGCCUUUGGGGCACAAAAACCCCAAAUUCCUGCAGGUGACAGGAGAAUUUCUGGCCAUUCUCACCUCCCCAGGACUCUCCUUCCUCCCUCAGCACGAGCACUCUUUGCUUUAUCCAUUUUCUGCAGGCAGAAGAGUCACAAUUACAUUUUUUUUUUGAGAAAGCAAUACAAGCUGUGCUGUAGUAUCAGUGUUCUUGUGGUAAAUAAUUUAUUUCUCAUCAUUUCACAUGGCAGGCUUAGAGGAAAACGGAGGGGUUUGGGGUUUAAGAUGUGUAAACAAUCACAAAACAAGGCAGUUCUCCCAGCACCUGCUCAGAGAACGAUCAAAUCCCAGCUCCUAAACCCACGGCACAGCUGGAAUUUCACCCGGAUCUAGGAAUACAAGAGCAUCGAUUCCCUCAAUUAUGCAAUACCGUAUUUCCCCCACCCCUAAAAAAAACAAAAAGCCUUCAUUUUUUAAAAUCUUCUCCCCAUCAGAACACCAACAUUUGAAACCCUUGUCUGGAGAGUGUUGUCCCCAAGACCUUUUGAUCCCUAAAGAACACAAGCCCAUCCUCAGAUCGCACGCCCAGGCCAGGUGUGGAGCGGAGCGAAAGCCGGCGCUGCCCGUGGAGCCCGGCGUGCUGGGGGCACAGGGGAGCCUCAGCCAAGUUCCUGGGCUCUGUCCCAGCCCCCGGGCUCUGUCCCUGUCCCUGGGCUCUGUCCCAGCCCCUGGGCUCUGUCCCCAAGCCACCACGGGGCCCUGGGGUUGUGCCAGCCCAACGGGAGCGCGGCCAGGACGUCUCCGCAGUCCCUCCCCCGUGUAGUGGAUGUGUCCAGGUUAAUUAUGUUCAUGCAAUUGCAAAUUCUGUAUCGUUGUCCAUUAGAAGUGUAAACUACUGAAAACUGGGCCUUGCUGAUAUGAAUAAAGUGAUUAAAAACCGGUCUUUA